UAGCUCGACGGGGGAACAGCGAGCGUCAACACGGUAACGGGGAGAAACGGACCAUUGCACCGAGUGGCCUCCGGUAGACGAAGAGCGACAGACAUCGGCGGCGUUGACUCGGACACAUCGAGGUAGCUGUGCAGCGAACCGUCGGAGGACUUUUCGCUGUCGACGCUUUUAAACGUCUUGUUUUUUCCGCACAGGAGCCGUUAGCUUGUUAGCAAGCCCGUUAGCUACCAGAAGAAAAGUCCAGUUUUGAUUUUUUUUUUGCACUCCAGGAUCCUCACACAGCUGCGGCACAAUGACAUCAAGGAAGAAAGUGCUACUCAAAGUCAUCAUCCUCGGAGACUCCGGAGUCGGGAAGACCUCGCUGAUGAACCAGUAUGUGAAUAAGAAGUUCAGUAACCAGUACAAAGCCACCAUCGGUGCUGACUUCCUGACGAAAGAAGUCAUGGUGGAUGACAGACUCGUCACGAUGCAGAUCUGGGACACGGCCGGUCAGGAGCGAUUCCAGUCCUUGGGCGUGGCGUUCUACCGCGGAGCCGACUGCUGCGUCCUGGUGUUCGACGUGACGGCGCCCAACACCUUCAAGACUCUCGACAGCUGGAGGGACGAGUUCUUGAUCCAGGCCAGCCCUCGAGACCCCGAGAAUUUCCCCUUUGUGGUGCUGGGCAACAAGAUAGACUUGGAGAACAGACAGGUGACGACCAAGCGCGCGCAGGCCUGGUGCCAAAGCAAGAACAACAUCCCGUAUUUCGAGACCAGCGCCAAGGAGGCGAUCAACGUGGAGCAGGCCUUCCAGACUAUUGCACGCAACGCCCUCAAACAGGAGACCGAAGUGGAGUUGUACAACGAGUUCCCCGAGCCGAUAAAGCUGGACAGGAACGAGCGAGCCAAGCCGUCAGCGGAGACCUGCAGCUGCUGAGGGCUCUGAAGAUCUUUUGGAGGGGUGUUAGGGGGGGCUGUCUCUGCCCCCCUCACUACCCGCUCCUGCCUUGUCUAUAUAUCCCUUAUCCCAUGGCCCACUGUGUUAAUCCUGAAAGCCCAACAUACAUGCAGCAUCCCACUCAUCCACAAAUGUGCUGCACUCACCCUCUCAUGUACCCAAAACACACAUUUUCUAUGAAAUAUGAGUCCUCGCCCAAAGAACAUCUUAAAGAAAUAUUAUGGAAUCCACUCGUUCGAUGCUUAUUUACUUCCCAGUGUUUCCUCGCAUACUUUUUUCAUGACGGUGGUGGUUCGAGCUCCAUAUGGAUCACUGCUUUCACUCCCAGUUUUUUGGUUCCAACUCCUUUUUUUAUUUGGUCAAAUCGAAACAUAUCUUCAUGUUUGUUUUGAGGGGAAACAUGCUCUCCCUCAUUUGUGUUGUGGCUUAAAAGUGUUACUCUCAAAAACAGUCGUGGCCAUGGUUUCACUUUACCUCAUGCGGGCUAUAAAAUAAAAUAAAAAGAAGUCAGCUGAAGUAGUGAAGGAUCAGAAAUGUGAAUUUGCAUGUGGGGGUCACAAUCAUGUGCCGCCUGCUGAUUCUCAUUCAUUGGCACAUAAUUGAAAAACCAGUUUCGUGAAGAAAAAAAAAAUAUUUGCACACACAAUUACUCAACUCUUAAGAAUCUCGUUCUGGAGCCGCAAUAAAUGCAGUUGUAGCUCAAGUUGAGGACAUUGUGUGAAUCCAGACUUGGCUCCUCCCCUAAGGGCUGUCCCUGUAUCAGAAGGUUCAGCUCGUGAUCGGUUAUUCUUGGUACAACAUCGGCCGUGGGAAUGAACCGAUUGACGGCGUGACAUUCUACCCGAUAGCCCGCGGAGAGGAGACGUGUUUUUUUCCAUAUAUAAAUAUGACAGUACUAUUAGGUAGCAAAUUUGUUUUUACUGUCAACUAUUGCAAGACUUUGUAUAUUUGCAAACCUCUCAAAUCACUGUGUGGGGAAGGCAAAAGGUUGUGUUGUAAAUCUCCAUGUCCGACUUUGCCAGUUGCUCGUGUUGGCAAACAAUUUAAGUGCUUGACAUUUAUUUUAACCGGUCAGAUCUUUAAACUGGUCUGUUCGUAUGUUAAAACUUUGAAAUGCAUUAUAGAUUACAAGAUAGCAUACAUAUUGUAACUUAAAAGAAAAAAGUGUGGGAAAGUAUUGGCAUUCAUUAUUAUAUUAUGUUAAAUGCAUAGCAUCUACAUUGUUUCAAAAUGUCUUCGCGUUUGAAGUAAUGAGGGUAAUAAUUAAAAAAAAUCUUGAUUUAAGCAUGCAGCCUUUUUUAUUUCUGACAUUUGAUAGCAUUUUAAAAUAAAUUCGGAUGUGUCGCAUUUUUUUAUUAUUACGUAGAAAGUGGAGCAAACGCAUGUUUUUUUCACACAACUGUUUAUAAAAUAAUUACGCGGAAUAAAUAAUGCCUAAAUGGUC